GCGGGGCCGGCGGCCGCCGCGGCUUCCAAGAUGGCGGCGGGUGCGUGAGCGCGGCGGGCGGGCAGUCGGGGAGGCCGCCGGGGCGCAGGGGGGGCCCCGCCGCCGCCCGCCGCCAUGAAGGGCAAGGAGCGCUCGCCCGCUAAGGCCAAGCGGUCGCGGGGCGGCGGCGAGGACUCGGCGUCCUCCUCCUCCUCGGCGGCGGCGGCGCGCGGCGAGCGGAGCGGCAAGAAGCCGAGCGGCUCCGGCGGCUCCAACGGCGGCGGCGGCGGGAAGGCGGCGGCGGCCUCCGGAGACAGCACCAGCGGCCGGCGCGGCCCGCACCCGGACAAGGCCGCCCGCGCCGGCAGCCGCGAGUACGAGGCCGGGGCGGCGGCGGCGGCGGCGGCGGGCGGCGGGGGCGGGCGGCACGGCUACGGCGGAGGCAAAGCCGCGGAGGCGUCGCGGAGCGGAGGCAGCCGGGGCGGCGGCGGGGGGGAGUCCCGGGCCCCGGCGGCGGCGGCGGCCCCGUCCUCGGAGUCGGGCGGCGGCGGCGGGGAGUACAAGACGCUGAAGAUCAGCGAGCUGGGCUCGGCGCUGAGCGACGAGGCGGUGGAGGACGGGCUCUUCCACGAGUUCAAGCGCUUCGGCGACGUGAGCGUCAAAAUCAGCCGCCUGCCGCCCGGCACCGGCGCCGCCGACGAGCGGGUGGCCUUCGUCAACUUCCGCAGGCCCGAGGACGCCCGCGCCGCCAAGCACGCCCGCGGCCGCCUCGUGCUCUACGACCGCCCGCUGAAGAUCGAGGCCGUCUACGUGGGGAGCGGCGGAGGGAGCAGCCGGCGGCGUGGCAGCCGCUCCCCGGCGCUGCUGGACAAGGAGUCGCCCUACGGCACGGCGGCCGUGGGAGUCGCGGCGGCAGCGGCGGCGGCUGUGCGGCACCCCCCGGCCGGGGCGACGCAGCGGGCUUUGUCCCCCGCCGGCAGCGGCGGGGCCCUGGGUUAUCGAGACUACCGGCUGCAGCAGCUCGCCCUCGGCCGCUUGCCGCCUCCGCCCCCUCUGCCCAGGGAGCUGGAAAGGGAGAGGGACUACGGGGGCUUCUACGAAGCGCGAGUGCGGCCGGCCUAUGGGCUGGAGCGGGUGGCUGGUGUGGCGGCUGCCGGGGGCUUCCGUGGAGGAGGUGGGGGUGCUGGAGCCGCCAGUGAGGAGGAGAUCAGCCCAGAGGACGACCAGAGAGCCAACCGCACUUUGUUUCUGGGCAACCUGGACAUCACUGUGAGCGAGACAGAUUUACGCCGAGCCUUUGACCGUUUUGGGGUCAUCACUGAGGUGGACAUCAAAAGACCGGGUCGUGGGCAAACCAGCACGUACGGUUUUCUUAAAUUUGAAAAUCUGGACAUGGCGCACCGGGCCAAGCUGGCCAUGUCAGGAAAGGUGCUUCUGCGCAACCCCAUCAAGAUUGGGUAUGGUAAAGCCACUCCAACCACCAGGCUUUGGGUGGGUGGCCUUGGGCCCUGGGUGCCCCUUGCUGCCCUGGCCAGGGAGUUUGAUCGUUUUGGCACCAUUCGCACUAUUGAUUACCGCAAAGGUGACUCGUGGGCCUACAUCCAGUACGAGAGCUUGGAUGCGGCGCAGGCGGCCUGUGCCCACAUGCGAGGCUUUCCCUUGGGUGGGCCGGAUCGCCGGCUCCGCGUGGACUUUGCGGAUACUGAGCAUCGGUACCAGCAGCCCUACCUGCAGCCUCUGCCCUUGCCACCCCCUGCUCAUUACGAGCUAGUGGCAGAGGCAGCUGCUUUUGGGGCUCACCGGGGGGCCCCACCUGAUCCCCUCCGGGGGGCCCGGGACAGGACGCCACCGUUACUCUACAGAGACCGUGACAGAGACCUUUAUCCCGAAACAGAGUGGGUGCCACCCCCGCCCCCUGUACGGGAUAGGAGUAACCGGGCAGCUGCCUAUGACCCGCUGGAAAGCCUAGAACGGCGUCGGGAUGGUUGGUCCUUGGAGCGGGACCGAGGGGAGCGGGAGUUGGGCAGUAGCAGUAGGGAGCAGCCUAGAAAACGGAGGCUGGCAGAGGAUGGAGGCCGGCACUUGGACCGCUCUCCAGACAGCGAGCGCUCCUCUUCCUCCCGAAAGCGUCACUGUUUGGCCACCACCUCCCCCCCAGACCGCAGCCCAGAGCUCCUUGGAGGGAGGGAGCGUUACAGCAGUGACCCAGAGCGCUCGUCCUCCCGCUUGCUCCUGUUGGAGCGGCCCUCACCCAUUCGGGAGUCGCGCAGGGGCAGCCUGGAGCGGGGCCAGAACGAAAAGCGCGACCGCAAGAAUUCCGCUGAAAGGGAGCGGAAGCAUCGUGCUUCUGCAGCAGCCGCCGCACAGGAGUGCAAAAGUCCAGCCAAAAAGGAUGAACGUGCUGCAGAAGGAGGUGGCGGAGGCUCCCGGCUCAAACCUCCACCUCAGAAACAGCAGCAGGAUGGAGCGUCGCAGGCUGGGGGAGCCUCCAAGCUGUGCUUGGCUUGGCAGGGGAUGCUUCUGCUGAAGAACAGCAAUUUCCCGUCCAAUAUGCAUCUGCUUCAGGGGGACCUCGGAGUUGCCAGCAGCCUCCUCGUGGAAGGAGCUACUGGGGGGAAAGUAGCUCAGCUCAAGAUCACCCAGCGUCUUCGUCUGGACCAGCCCAAGCUGGAUGAGGUGAACCGCCGCAUCAAAGUGGCGGGCCCCAAUGGUUACGCCAUCCUUUUGGCUGUGCCUGGCACAUCAGACAACCGCUCCGCAACUGGAGCUAGCGAGGCCGCUACAACCUCCACCCAGAGGCCACUCAGGAAUCUGGUGUCCUACCUAAAGCAAAAGCAGGCUGCUGGGGUGAUCAGCCUCCCUGUGGGGGGUAACAAAGACAAGGAGAACAGCGGGGUCCUGCACGCCUUUCCACCCUGCGACUUCUCCCAGCAGUUCCUGGACUCCACGGCCAAGGCACUGGCCAAAUCAGAGGACGACUAUCUGGUCAUGAUCAUUGUCCGUGGGGCAUCCUAAGGCCCUCGUGUUCUGUACCCAACCCUGCCUACUCCUCCACACAGCCCCUCCAGCGUGUGCCAGGUGCUAUGGGAUACAGCCUUAGCCAGCCCUGUCAUUAUUUUUAAUUAGAUCUUUGUUUGUAGGUGACUUUCCCUGCCCGUUUUUCUGUUACUACAUUUUUCUAUAAAGUUAGAAGCCAGAAAGGUUGGUUAGCCAUUAGUGUGAAUAGGAUGUUUUGAGAAUCCCUUAUCCAUGGGGAUAGCUGGGAGGCUAGGCCUGCUUUGAUUUACAAAAAAAAAAAAAGAAAAAAAAAAGAAAAAAAAAAAGAAAAAAACGGGGGGAGGGGGUGGAAGAACAAACUCCCGUCUUCGUAAUUUUGAUUCGUGUCCUUUUUUCAUUUCAUGUAUUUUAAAGCAAGUUCAAUAGCUCAUUCUCUAGAGUUACAAACCUGAAAGACCAGAUUUAAAGCACUCAGUAUUUUAAAUGGAAAACCACAUCCCUGCUAGUGGACUGGUGUCAACUCAUUUUUGAGUCACUGAAAUUCUGUGACGGCCUCAGGCCAGCGGCCCUUUGGCACGCAUGAUCCCUUUCCUCAGGAGCCUGAAUGGUUUCCCUUUGAGUUGCAUGGCUCGAGGUUGAUUUCUUUCAGGUGACCAGCACCUGCUCUUGGGUACACUGCAGAACAUGAAUUCCUUUAUUGGGUGUUUGAUAAUUUCAUCCAGCCCCACGAAAUGCAUGCACUGAAGGUAUGCUUUUUUAACAGGUGUAUUUCUCCUAUUUCUCUGAGUUCUGUUGUAUCCCAUAUAUGCACUUUGGGUUUGUAGCAGUGACAAUGUUUGGUAAAUUGCUGAGGACUUUGUUACAAACCAUGAAUGUCUUGUGCUUACUCUGGUAUGCAAGAAACAAGGAGGUGCUUUAAGAAUAACUUUAGUUAUAUUGUGGUUUUUUGUUUUUACUGCCUUUUUCAAAGAGUUGCAGGUACAGUGGGGUCUGGUUCCACAGUGCAAACUCUGAGCAAGUGUGCUUCUCUCCAGAGAUGGUUUUAAUUCUGUAAUAAUUUAAUUACAUAAAAGUUCUCAUUAUCAUUUUACCUUUUUGUUAAUAGCAAGGAACUGCUGUCUGCUAGAGACUUUUCAGGUACAGUACAGUGGGCAUUACAUGAGGUUUAUAGUUCUGUGAUAAUCUGGAGCAAGGUGUUUUCAGCAUCUUGGAGAAGUUUAAAAGUAGUUUGGGAUGCUGAGGUGAGAGUUCUUUUUCAUGUUAUUCUAGGAGGAAGCAGUUUGCCUUUUUCCCAGAGAACGUCGUUCAUUUUCUCUAAGGGAUCCAGAUCUCUCGUACUGUUUAACAACUGCAAGGCUGUUGCAGCUAGCUUCUAAACUGAAGUGUAAAUCUGACUGUAUCCAUAUAAAGGCCCUAAAAUAUAAUCUUGCACUUAAAGCCAGAAUGUAAUCUUGCACUUAGCCACAUUUUAAGAGAUGGGCAAUGUAAACACAAUGCUGCUUCCCUCCAUUGAUCCUCCGAUGCGUCCCCUGGGUAAUUGCUGUGGGGCAAGUUGACUUCUGUUUCAACUUAGAUGACACAAAAAUCAAAUUCAGAUGUGGGGUGGGUUGCCAGUAGUACCUGAAGGAGGAGAGGCACUGAAUGUAUUCUGUGGAUACAGAAGUUGUCAAGUUUGACAGUACUUGUUCGAGAUUUGCUGUCACAGAGAGGUGAAUUUCUGUAAUGCCACUUUACAGAGCCACUCUUCAGAGAGUGCUCUUGUUUCUGUGAGGUGUGAUUUCCUUUUUCAGAGCAGAAGGAGUAGAUGUUGUGUCCCAGGCAUCGCAGUGAACUGAGAACUUGAAUGUGGCAGCAUAUCUUGAAAACAAAUUUUGGUUUUAGAGCUACUUUUCUUUUAAAGUGGAAACAUACAAGCCUCAUUUAAUGCUCUUAAGUGUUUGAGGGUGAAAUCCAGGAUUUCUGGAUUGUUGUCCUUCCACGUGAAUGUAGUAGAUUUAGAUGGCAGAACUCAGCUGUUCAUCUUGCUAUUAACAAUGAGGAUUUCUUGAAAUGACACCAAUAAUGCAAAUAACUGUGUUUGAGAAGAUACAGCAUAUUUACCACUUACUGCAAAGAAUGUCUGUCUUAAUUCUUGCAGGUGUCUGUUGUGUGUUUGCGUGUAAUCAACACUGCUGCUAACUUGCUCUGAGUGCUUCUUGCAUUUAGAGCGAGUUCUCCAGUGGCAUCUGACGUGAGUCACUUGCAAGUGCGGAGUUUUAAAGGAAAGAAACUUGAACUGCUGGGAAUUCAAACCUGUCCAACACCAAAAAAGAAGCACUGACAUCGUUUGUGUCCAACACUUCAACUUGUGAAGCACAGUGUUUGUUACGCUGACACACAGCAGACACCUGUUUUUAAAGCCCGUGAAACUUGGGGUCAACACAGCUUGUCAAAGCAAACUCUUGACAGCUAGUUGGGGGGGUGUGGGAUCCCUUUCAGGAGGAGCAUCUUGGGUGCACUUCCUUCUUCCUCGUAAAAUAACAGUGGUUGUACCUGCCACUGGCUUUUGUAAGUCAAAGUUCUCUGCACUGGAGGGCAAUAAGGAACAGGCAAGGCUGUAUUUGACUCCAGGUUUUCUGGUUUCUUACCGAACGGAGUACCUGCUUCUUUAAAUCUGGUUUAUUUGUGGUUGCUGCUCUUGUUUUGUAAGCAAGGAUUUUAACACCCUUUGAGGGUAUUUAAUGUCAAAACAUAGCUGACUGGCAAUAUUUUUUGCCGGCACUUGGCCACGUGCUGCCAUCAUGUCUGGUACAGCUUUGGUGGCUGUGCUGUUCUCUUAAGCUCUGAAGUGUGCACCAUUGGAGUAGCUGUCCACUAAAAGUCACCUUGGCCAGGGCUGAGCGCAAGUAGAAGUCCAUCUGUAAUAUCACUUCUGUAUAGAGCAAAACAGAUGUAGCAGAAUUCAGCUCUCUUGUCGUAUUUGGCAUUAUGUUGCUCUAGUCAGAGCUCAGUAUUUCUUCAAACUUUAUGUGCAGCUGAUGUUCCUAUAUUUCACGAGUUAGUUUGUUGAAUUAAUGUGGAAAAAGGAUGUCCUUUUCCUGAAUCAUUUUGUAGCUGUGCUUUAUGCUUUGGGGAAAGAACCUCAAAUGACUCAUACUUUUGUUUAAGAUUUUAUUUAAUUAUUUUUUUUUAAUUGGAAACUUUACGCAACUUCCUUGGGUGCUAGCCAGUGGCUUUGUUUGCUCCGGUCUAGUGCACGGUCUGCUGUGGACUGGGAGUGCAGCACGAGCACUGAGGUUACCAUCAGCUCUGGAGGUUUCAGACUCCUGGCUUAUGACUCCUGGUGCAGCCUUUUAAGCAUUGCAGAGGGAGAAGCGAUUUAUGUGCCAGGCAAAUCUUAACCCUAUUUUUUUUAUACGGCUGUCAAAAGGCUGAAAUACUUUGGUGACAACUUGCUCAACCUCCUGUGGAGGGUGAAGAAGAGAGUUUAGGCUUCCUGCAUUGGCAGUGGAACGAUCUAGUUGAUGGUAACUGAGGUGAAAGGCCUUAAGUAUUAAUGGGAAGGAGGAACCAGUGAAAAUUGUGAAGACAGGUUCAAAAACUCUGAGGACUCAGGGAAAAUGGCUUGGAAAAUUGUAGUUCCUGGCUUUUAAGACAAACAGUGCUGAGGGCAGUACUCGUGGGGAGUCUGCUGUACGCCUGUUGAACAGAAAAAAGAGUGGAGAAAAUCGUUGCCAUGCUACAAUUACAGAGUUUUUGGGGUUCUUUCCCCCUUGUCUCCCCUUUUUCUAACAACUUUCUGCAGAUAGCACCGAAGGACAGGUAUUCCAAUGAGUUAUAAAAGGAAUGAUGAGAUGAUUUUUAUAUCGGGCUUAAAGCAGACUGUAUUGUAGAAUUAACUGAAUGGUUAAUUGAAUAUGCAACUUCCUGCAGUUUGGUGUUAAAAUUAUGGAUGAGAAAUAUUACUUGAAUAGUAACAGUUUUAAAUGAUAUUAGGUGUGUCUUUGAUUUGCCCUCUUUAAUAUUGGAAUUGCCUGCUGUUGGAAUUAUGCAGCAAAAUAAUAACAAAAGAGAAACUUGUGAACACUACAUUUCACAUUUCUGUUGAUAAGUUGCCUUUGGGAAAUGUUCUUUGAGGAAAGUCAACUGAAUUGUCAAAAAUUCCGCUGAUUUUUCUCAUGGUUAAUUAUUUUGAUGUGUCCCAUUAACUGUUGCUGAAAGUUGAAUAACCAUCAAUACUGUAAGCCUAGUUUAACCUCGGUCCAAAAACAAGCCCUGCACUACUUGUUAUGCAUCUAUACAUAGAAGGUGACUUCAUUGCAAGGUUUUGUGCCCGUGGGUGGUAUAACGUUGGGAGGCGAAAAUCUGUCGUAUACAUUUGUAUUGAAAUAACAUUUUCUUUCCUCCUGCAAGCAAAGCUGGUGGACUGCAGAAGACAACCACGUGGGAUACCAAGCUCUAAUGGACCUUUGGGAAGAGAAGCUGUGGCUUGUGUGGAAUUUACAUGGGCCUCUUGAUGGAAGAAAGCUUAUCUGUUUAGUAUUUGUGCAUUUUACUAAAAUGGCAGCUUUAAAAAAAAAAAAAAAAAGUUGUGUAUCUGCUAUUGUGAUGCCAAUGCCCGUGUUUUAAGUGGAAAAAAAAUGACCUCUUUGCUUUGUGCUGUGUACACAAGAUUGCUGGAAAAGUAAAGGAAUACCCUUUUUAUGGCUCACACAGCUUAAAAGUAGCUGUCACUCAAACAUGCGCUCACAGUUGAGCUGAUUUUGUUUCAUUCUAAAUAAAUUGUUUCUUUUGAGGAAAA